AUGGCUGAGAAGACGACUGUACAGACUACGAACGCCUUGACACCACCCUUCUCUUCCCGUCCCAUUCCACCUCCAUCCACCGCAGCCAACUCCAGCAACCCCACCUCGCGCGAAAUCGCGCAUCAGAAUGGCCACAUCGAUCCUAGCCAGGAUCGCACCCCAACGCACAUACAGCCCGUGUUGGACUCGGUCACGACGAUAGCGCUUUCACCCGAAGACUCCCUUCCCACCAUAAGCGGCAGGAGCAACAGCAUAUUCCUCGCCAACGACGACCCUCGCCAGUUUCUGAAACACGACCUCGAUCUCUCACGCCUCAAUCGCAUACAUGGGCACCUAUGGAUGGCAGGCCGACCCAUGCGCGCCAGGCCACUUCACAGAUACAAGAUGCUAGGCAUGGAAGUGCUAGGCACGCAACAGAUGGACUUGCAUCUGCUGAAGUUCUCAACCAAGCUGCUGGUCAAGCCAUUACCGGAGUGGAUGCUCAGCUACGACUUUUGGAACGAGCACAUCUGCAAACCAGGGGAUGCUGAUCUUACGCGCAAGUUGGAAGAGGGCUGGUUGUGGAAGAGUGCAGCAGGGUUCCUGGUGAGCUACGUGUGGCUCAUCACUACACCGCUGGACUUGAAGAUUGCACACGAGUACAUGCUCCUACCAAGCUUUGUAACCUGGCACUGGUGGAAAGAUUUCGUGAAAGAUUUUAUGCAACAUGUGGAUAUCAACACACUACAGGAGGUGAACCAACGUUACCAGUUCGGCGACCUGAGGCUGGGACGGAUCAACAGCAUCUAUCGCAUACGAUAUGGAUACAACCGCUACGUAAUCUUCUUCCAACGAAACUUCUCUUGGAUCCUUAUCGUAUUCGUCUUCUUCAGUCUUGUUCUUUCCGCCAUGCAAGUUGGCUCGAGCCUGAAAGAACUCGAAGGCAACUAUGCAUUCCUUCGCGCCAGUUACGUCUUCGUUGUGUUUAGUAUGGUUUCCGUGGUCGCCGUUCUCGCAUUCGUUACCAUCGUUUUCAUCGGCAUCUUCCUCUUCAACAUGGUCAAAGCCAUUACGCAUGCGGUAAGUGAGCAAAAGAAGAGGAUCAAGUUGGCUCAAAAGAAAGAGGAGUCAGGUAAGGACGUGUAA